GUUGCCUGGUGGAGGAAGUGCAGCUGGAGGAGUCCGGGCAUUAUUGCACUUUGACAAGCGUAGCUGACAAAGUUUUUUAAGUAACCCUAGCCAUUCCUUUGGCUAUCUUUAACACCAACACGUUAUUUCACCGGUGUGUGACGUUGAUGUAACCUUUGUUAUGAAGAGAGCUAAUUUUAAAAGCUAGCAGGCUGUGUAGCUAACUUAGCUAGCUUGCUAGCAUAUUAGCUAUAGCCAUAUGUUACAUUUACGUUUCCGUCCUCUUCGCUUCCACUCAUAUGACUCGACAUGGCACGUAAGAAAGAAGCAUUUCAAUCAAAAGUACUCCAGAAGCUUUACCCUGCAGCUCCCAAAUUGGAGCAGGAGUCCAGCCCACCAAGCAUUGUAGAGGCCCUAGCCAAACGAACCUAUGUGAAAAGAAAAGCCUCUCAAGAGGACACUGCCACUGGAGAUGCAGGGAAGACACAGGGUGCAGCCAAUCUGGGCAGGCGAAUGUACACGGUCCUACUUCCUCCUGCAGACUACAAGACAGAUUCAGAGAAAUCCGUCACACUCCCCCAACUAGAAAGUAUAAAUAGUGCCGAGGACCCAGCUGACGAGAGCGUCCAUGAUAGCAAUGAAGGACUAGACCAAGAUAAAGAGGAAGAGAAAAGAAAAUGGAGAAGAAGGAAAAGAAAACCAACCCUCCAUCAAGACUCUGGGAAAGAUGGAGCAGCUCCAGUGAGUGAGUCCAGUACAGGUCAGAGUGAGACACUUGUGGAUGAGGGAGGAGAGCGCAUUAGCAGGAACAAGAAGAGGAAGCUGAAGAAGAAACGGCACAAAGAGAAGCUGCUCUCCAUGGGUCUGAUGCCCCGGGCCGCUGCCCUGGAGUUCACGUACCAAAAAGAUGGGGAGGAGGAAGAUAACGAGAGGAGAGCUGCUGAGGUGUCAGACUUCCUCAGAACAACAAUGGAAAUCUAUAUGUCAGAUUCCUCGUUGCGAACAGACAAGCUUCCUCUCCUGGCUGAGACAGUGGAUGACCUUCUGGGCAGCAUAGCCAGCGGAUGCAAGCCCACCUCUGUCCUGAAGCAGCUCUACAGCCUCAAGGCCUUUGUUUCGCAGAAAGCGACAGACAAACUGGAAAAGGCACUGGAGGAGCUCUACAACACUUCUCCUAUGUCUGCAGAGGAAACCACUGCAGUCACUUCACUGUUUCAAUACUGGAUCACAGACAUUCUUCCCAUGCAGGGAGACAAGAAGACAAGGCUUUCUACAAUGCACCCAUGAGACUGUCAGGCACACUCAAACAGAGACUCUGCUGAAGGAUUAUUUUCACUUUGCUCCAUCACUACAGACAAGAAAGUUCUUGAAAUGUUCUACUCAUAUACUGCAUUUCACAAUGUUGGACUGUACAUGAUGCUAUAUAAAAUAUUUGUAUUAUUAAAUGUUUCCUUUUGA